UACGCCCUCCUGGUGCUGCCCGACCCCCAGCUGACCCAUGUGCCCGGUCCGACUGUGCCCCUGAGGAUCAGGCCAGGUGUGUCCCCCUGGGUACCACCCAGUACCGAUGUGAAUGUCUGCCCGGAUACAGUGGUGAUGGAAGAGUCUGUACUGAGCUCUCUUGCAAGACACAGAAGCUAAAAGUGGACCUGGUCUUCCUCCUGGAUGGAUCAGGCAGCAUAGGACUAUCCAACUUUCAAAAGCUGAAGGACUUUACAUCCCAAGUCAUCAACACCUUUGACAUCUCCCCCACCCACACCCGGGUCGGAGUGGUACAGUACAGCACAUUCCCCAACACUGAGUUUGACAUGAACAGCUACUCUGACAGGUCACAUGUUCUAUCGGCCAUCGAGAGAAUUCCUUACAAGAAGGGAAGCACCAAUACCGGGAAAGCCAUCGAUUUUGUUCGCCGGAGAAAAUUUAGACCCUCCAAUGGUGACCGUGAGGAUAUCCGCAAUGUAUUGAUUGUCAUCACGGAUGGAGAGUCGUAUGACAGCGUGUUGGACCCAGCCCGACAUGCAGCACAAAGUGGAAUCACUGUCUAUGCAGUGGGCGUUGGGGACGGUGUGAAUGAUAUGACAUUAGAACAUAUUGCUGGGGAUCCAAGCCGAAUUCUACACGUCUCAGACUUUUCAUCACUUGCCACCAUUGCACAGGCACUACAGGAGACAGUGUGUGAAGGGCCAUACAAGAGUCUUGGCUGCUGGAUAGACACUGUGGACCGUGCAGUUGACACUUUAGAAGGGACGGACCAGUUACUGGAUAGAUUCAACUACCACAAACGUCCAAAUGCCAUUCACAGGUGCUACCAAGUUGCCUUGAGCCGUGGCUUUACAGUGUUUGCUGUUCAAAAUGGAGGGCAGUGUUUCUCUUCCAAAACAGCACAGGACACCUAUUGGAAGCAUGGACGGUCACUGUCCUGUGGAUAUGAUGGGAAAGGAGGCCCUUGGUCCAACCAAGUCUACCAGAUUGUUGGCAUGGACAAAGUCACACCUACACUGCCACCAGUGGCCCGUGGUGCAUACUGCAGGGCCUAUGGUGAUCCCCACUAUCAAACCUUCGAUGGCAGGAACUACGACUUUAUGGGCAUCUGUACCUACACAAUGUCCAAGUACCAGAGCACAGCUAGCAACGACACACUGCAGCCAUUCAAUGUGGAAGUCAAGAAUGAGCAUCGAAGAAACAAUUUUCAUGUGUCAUACACUGCAGAAGUGUAUGUUGAUGUCAGUGGUCAUCGCAUCACACUGCAGAAGGGAAGAAGGGUCUUGGUUGACGGGGUGUUUACCAGGCUGCCGUACAAAGGAGUGGGUUUCACCAUCCAUCUCCAGGGCCGGCAGGUGGUGGUUGUCAUGGACUUUGGGGUCAGAGUCGCUUUCAAUGGACUUAACAUGGCAGAGGUGUAUGUGCCCCCACCCUACAUGGGGAAACUUGUGGGGAUGUGCCAGGACUUUAACAUGGACAAGAGUAAUGACCUGCUGAAGGCUGAUGGUACACCGGCAGCCAGUGCCACCGACAUGGGCAACAGCUGGAACACUGACCUAGAGUGUAGGGAGAUGGAGGAUGAGUAUGUGUUCAACUGUCCUGCCAGUAUCCAGCGACGUGUGGAGGACAAGUGCAAGGCUCUGCUAGACCCUGACUUGGAGUUCUCUGCCUGCCACUUACUUUUGGAUGCCCAGAUGUACACUGAGAACUGUAUGAUUGACAUGUGUGAAGAUGAGAGUGAGGAACAUCGGUGCGACAGCUUUGCCACCUUUGCUGAGGACUGUGCAGAACAUGGUGUUAUCAUUGACUGGAGAACUGCAACAGGAUGUGACUCCCUUCUGAAGUGUCCAGAAAACAGCACAUACAGCACCUGUGUCAGUCCCUGCCAGGCCACCUGCCGUGAUAACACCCCUGCAGACUGUGUGGGGGAGCGGUGCCUGGAAGGCUGCCAGUGCAAGGAAGGGUACGUGUUGAGUGGAGAGACCUGUGUUCUGCCGGCUGACUGUGGGUGUUUACUAUAAAACGCCUGUCCUGACGGUCAGCACAGUGCAACAUUAUUGUGCGGCCUUUGGUCAGUCCCACUACCAGACAUAUGAUGGGAACCUGAUCGACUUCCCUGGGACCUGUCAGUACCUGCUGACUGGAGACUGUAAGGCAGAGUUGUUUCAGCUACUAUUCCGAAGUGACAUGGACUGCGUUACCCAUGAUGCUCCAUGCAGACAUCAGGUGCACCUCUACAUGCCUACAUUGACCUCUGACCUGACCUUACAACAGGAUCAUGUGGUCACCAUGGGCAACCAGACGUUGUCUCUGCCAUUUGUGGCUCGAGGUCUGCUAGUUGAUAGAGUAGGAGAUUAUGUUCGAGUGGCAAUCCAUCCAGAGAGAAAGGCUGUAGUUUACUGGGAUGGCUUCUCCAGUGUGUAUGCCUAUCUGGACCCCUCACUGCAGGGACAGAUGUGUGGGUUAUGUGGGAACUCAAAUGGAAACCCUGAUGACGAUUUCACACUGAGAUCAGGGGUUACUAUGUCCAGCCCAAUAGCUUUUGGGAAUAGCUGGAAGAUGACGGAGGCUGAUGAGACCUGCCCUGAUGUGCCUUUGGACAACCCAGGUGCUUGUGAUGCUCUACAGAGGGAAGACCUUGAGGGCAUUCAGGAAGCUUGUGACAUUAUGAAGCAGCUUGAGUCCUUCCAGCCCUGCCAUAAGGAUGUUGACCCGUUCCCGUACAUAGAGACUUGCAAGCUCGACAUGUGCAGAUGCAGCAAUGGAAGCAGAAAGGACUGUAUGUGUGAUGCCCUGACUCAGUACUCGCGUGCUUGUGCCUCUCAUGGGAUUUCUCUGAAUUGGAGACAGCCAAAUUUUUGUGGUAAAGACUGUCCGAGUAAUAUGGUGUAUGAUGAAUGUGGCACUGCCUGUCCUGGGACAUGUCAGAACCCCCAGCCUGACGAGGACUGUAAGGACAGAUGUGUGGAUGGCUGCCACUGUCCAGCCGGGACCGUGUGGAAUGGAACACAGUGUGUAGGGGUGAAGGACUGUCCCUGUGUGCACCAGGGACAGGAAUACAGGCCUGGAGACACUAUACACCAGGACUGCAAUGUGUGUACCUGCAUGGCAAGGAAGUGGAUCUGUACUGAAAACAUCUGUCCAGCUACCUGCAGUGUCCAUGGUAACCUACACUACAGUACAUUUGAUGGACACCAUUAUGAGUUUGGCAGUGCCUGUCAGCAUAUUCUGGUGAAGACUGACAAGUUCACACUCAUCUCCAACAACCAGCAGUGUGGAACAGACCCUAAAACUACCUGCACACGAUCUGCUAGCCUGCUGCUCCAGGGUGGUACUGCAGGCAGGGUCAAACUCCUUCCAGCAGGAUCUGUCUCAGUUGGAAACAUCUCAGUCACCCUGCCGUACUAUGGAACUGAAUACACCAUCUAUCAACUGUCUUCUCUGUAUGUGGAGGUGAAGACAACCUUUGGUCUGACUGUUCUGUGGGAUGGCAGGACAAGUCUCUAUGCCACAGUUGAUGCAGAAAUGUAUGGUAAAACCAAUGGUCUCUGUGGUACAUUCAAUGGGAACCAGCGGGAUGACUUCACCACCCAGAGUGGGGUUGUGGUUGGCUGCCCUGCCGAGUUCUCUUCAUCAUGGAAGGUCUCACAGCAAUGUCCUGAUUCUUGGCUAGAGAGAGGGCUAAGUCCUUGUGCCAUCAAUAACCAACGUGCCCUCUUUGCUGUACAAAACUGUGGCAUCCUGAUGGGUCCCCUGUUUGCACCCUGCCAUGACCUGAUUGACCCGUCACACCAGAUUGCCCACUGCCAGAAUGACGUGUGCCAGGGAACAGAUCCAACGGACUUCCUGUGUUCGUCUAUUGCUCACUAUGCAAGGGAGUGUGCACAGACAGGGGUUGUGAUUGACUGGCGGCCAGGCACACUCUGCGCUGUGGAAUGUCCCCAAAGUGGCCAGGUUUGGCAGGAAUGUGGCUCCAGCUGUACAAGAAGCUGUCGUCACUUGUCUGGUUCCAUCUCAAGCUGUACAGAGGACUGUGUGGCUGGCUGCAACUGUCCAUCUGGACUGUACCAGUCAGAGGAUGGGUCCUGUGUGCUAGCUAGUGAAUGCCCGUGCUACCACCAAGGAGAUGUUUAUGAAGCACAAACUACAGUGGAGUUUGCUGAUACAUAUUCCAGAUGCUCCUGUGAAAAUGGUGUAAUGUCUUGUGAAGAGAGACCACCUGAGAAGGAAUGCUCCAAUGAGACUGUGUACUUUGACUGUGCCAAUGCUGGAUAUGGUGAGUUUGGGCUGGCAUGUGAAGCUUCCUGCAGCAACCCAGGGAUGGACUGCUUGUUAGACAAUACCUGCAUUUCAGGCUGUGUGUGUGCCCCAGGCCUACUGAGGUAUCAGGACAAGUGUGUACCCCUGCAGGACUGCCCAUGCUGGUACAGUGGACAGGAGUACCAGCCUGGAGCAUCCAUCUCUGUGGACUGUAAUACCUGUACUUGCAGCCAUGGGUCCUGGACCUGUACAGAACGCCUCUGCAUGGCGACAUGUGCUGUGUACGGGGAAGGCCACUUCCUCACGUUUGAUGGCAGACGAUAUCAGUUCCAGGAUGGAUGUAACCAUGUCAUUGCUCAGGACCACUGUAAUGACAGACAAGGCACAUUCAGUGUACAUGCAGAGAUGCUUCCCUGUACCUCUGGAAGUGGCCCCUCCACCUGUGGUCUGGCCAUCAUGACAAGACUGGAGUCUGGUAUGGAGAUCAAAAUUACACCAAACAAGCCUCUAACCAUUAAUUCAGCUGAGGUCUCAUCUCUACCUUACAUAUCUGACAGGUAAGAUUCUCUGUCUCAGCUAUACUAUAUGUUACAUUCCAGUACCCGGGGGUGCCUUGUUAUCAAUACAAGUUUUAUGCAAUUCAU